AUGGAAGCAGUCCGAAUCCUGAACGGCCUGGUCAUUCCCGCUGAAAUCGUCGAUAUGCUGGCCAAGGCCGGCUGGGAUGCAGAAAAAUGUUGCAACCCAAAGCUAACACGGGAGGAGAGAAAGCUCGGCGCAGGAUCGGCAGGACUAAAGCGCAGUAUCGAAGACGAGAACGAAUUUUCAUCCCAAUCUAAGAAGCAGAAAACGGCCGCAGCUGUAUUCCAAAAGAAACCUUCUAAGGCCAGGAAUUCUCCAGAAAUACCAGUACCUCCUGAUCGAAACUUUCGAGACUCCUCGUCACAGAUUACCGAAGUAAUCGUUAAGACUGAGGGAGAGCUCCCGAAGCCAACUAUACCCCGACCAGCGACCAGCUUUCAUGUCUACGAUGCUCCUGGAGAGAAGGCGGGAAGGAACGGUCUGGGCAACUAUUUCCAUCGAGAAAGUAUCGAGAUCGACACCAAUGCAGCUACUAUUAAUAAAUCGCAACCUGUUGACAUCAUCAAGUUGCCUCUGGUCGCCAAGCCUCCCAACCCCAUGAGCCCGUCACCCAGGGGUGUACAUGAAAUCGAUACCUUGAGCUCGAUCUCUUCCAGGCGAAGGAAGCACACCUCCCGACGGGAACUGAAGCGAGCAAUCGAUAAUGUCAACAACAGUCUGGCAGUCAUCUCGGCCGGUGACUCCAUCAAGCUCCAACAAGCAGCCCGGGUUCGCAAAUUGUCCGAAAAUCUGGAAGACCACUCAGAUCAACUUCAAAAGCAUACUGAGCAACUGCAGAGGCAGGACUCCGUUCUGGCACAAAUCCGCCAUGAUAACCAAGUCCUCAGAGAAUGCCUUCAGGAGGCCCUUCUUCCUCUUUCUCAGGCAGUCAACGCGCUCCGAAAGUCGAGCAAGGGUGAUAAGCGGGCACUCAAAUCGGCUAAGAAGCGUGCCGAGAAGGGACUGAAGGAUUUCAAGUCUGCUACAAAAAAUACUGAGGUCCUAAAGCAAAGCUUCGAGCAUCUGCGCCAUGUCAUUGGAGCGGCAGAAGGCCGCCAUUGUGGCAAGAAUGAUACCUCGGGGCAGGGGAACUGA